CAUAGACGCGCGAACGCGAAAGCGUGCGUGCGCGCAUGCACUAGAGGUGGGAGUGGAUGCUCGUGUAGCUGCUGGAAGCCAGGAUGGGAUAAUCCUGGCUCCGGGCGUUGAUGCAGCUGCCGUUGCUGGAUACGGAGUGGACUCGGGGCGCAGGGUGGGUCUAGUUCCCGACUGGAGCUGUGUGGACCCCGUGUCGAUGUUGUCAAGCGUUCCGAGAAAGACGAGGGCGAUGGCCGUGAGAGGAGUUGGUGCAGCUCUUUGAAACGUCCAGGCAAAAGAAAUCGACCGUCUUCUCCCAUGGAGGACAGGAUUCACCGGCAUUAAUCUGAAGCGCAGAACCGGUGUGGAAUAACUUAGGAAAGGAGGGAGAGAGGAUACCGGGGCACUCCGUAGAGGAUAUCAGGGAAACCCUUCAUUCAUUUUCUUUAUGGUUUCUUUAAACUGGGAUACAGCUAGAGACGCAAGUGAAGGAACGGAUCACUUUUGCAUCGGUAAUUAGGAGAAGACUGCCUCCUUGGAUCGAGCGGCAGCCGCAUCCGACCUACCGUGGGGGGUGGGGGGAGAUCAGGAUACUUGGAUGGAGAGGGCGCAGUGAAGGCUAGCGGCUUGCCGUGUGUAGGAGGGGACGGAGGGAGACCGGGCAGUUUGAAGGGACGGGGAGCCAGGAGCGGCGGCGGCGGCUCCAUGAGCGGCUCCUGCCGGGACAGAGCGCCCAGAGCCCAGCCGGAGCGUCUCCACCGCCGCGGGUAGAACCCCGGGCAACAGGACGGCGGCCAGUUUGGAAGUUUUGAUGCAUAUGAUCACAACCACCAUGAUUUUUAUGAUUCUUGGUGCUUCAGUUGUAAUGGCGAUAGCCUGUUUAAUGGACAUGAACGCACUACUGGAUCGCUUUCACAACUACAUCUUACCGCAUCUACGAGGGGAGGACCGCGUCUGUCAUUGCAACUGUGGAAGGCAUCAUGUCCACUAUGUAAUCCCAUACGAUGGGGACCAUUCCUUGGUGGACUCUUCAGAGAACUACUUUGUGAGUGACAGUGUGACCAAGCAGGAGAUGGACUUAAUGCUGGGACUGCUACUGGGCUUCUGCAUCAGCUGGCUGCUGCUGUGGCUGGAUGGAGUCCUACACUGUGCCGUCAGGGCCUGGAGGGCGAGCCGAUACUACGAUACUCCAUCCUGGUCAUGGCUGCCCCAGUUCUGCAACCUUCGAGACCUCCGUCGCCGAGCCCAGCUCAGACAGCUGGAAGACUCCAGCGGCAACAUGGUCCACAUCAAGCAGAAGCUCUACCACAACGGCCACCCAAGUCCCCGCCACCUCUGACUCUAAAGCAAAACAACAAAAAAGAAUAAACUAAACAAAAAUAAUAUAGACGACCCCUGCCCCUCCCCUUGUACCCCUCUUCUCCUCCCUUCCAAAACACCUCUGACCCUUCCCAGCUGCCCCAAGGCCAACUGUUGCCUCAGAGACCCUGAAAAACUGCCCUCCCACUAUUCAUAACAUGGCCCUCCAAAACCCCAAUGACAGGACUUUCUUUUAACUAAAACCAGUCCCUGUCAGCACCUAAAAAAAUUAAUUUAUCAAUUAAUUAAUAAAAAGAAGUCCCAAAAUGGAGCAAGAUGACGAUUAUUUGUUGCCACUAAAAUCUUGUCUUAUGUCCAUGUCCACCAUUGUGGGAGGAAGAAGAAAAAAAAAACAUUUUUAAGGGUGUUUUUUUCUGUAUAGAGACAUUUUCUGUGUUCAUUGUUAAACUUGGCAUGCUCUUUUAGAACAGGGUAAGAUGUGGGUAGUGUAUGGAACGGGGCGGCAAGACAGGUGUCAUUAUAUAUAUAUAUAUACACAUAUAUAUAUAUAUAUAAUAUAAUUUUUUUUUCUCUAUUGGGUGGGACCAGGAUUUUGUUGGCACAGGGUAGGGUGAGUGAGACUGGCGGGUGGGUGGGUUUUUGUGACGGUUAGAAUGCUGCUUCUGUAAAUAGUUAGAAAAACAGGCAAGUGGGAUCUGACAGUGUUUAAAAAGGGGGGGGGGUGUCGGGGGGUUCUGUGUGAGUCUUUCAUCAGUAGAAAAAUGAAUGAUGGGACUGUGGGUAAAGUUUGUAGGAAUGGGAAAAGCAAGACGAGACUGUUUGGAAAACUGGAUGUGAAACCAUGUGAUUUCUGCUAAAAACAUACACACACACACACACACACACACACACACACACACACAUAUAUUAAUUAGCUUUGUUACUUAGUGAAUUAACUGAAUGUAUUAAUUUUUCCUGUAAAUAUGUGAGGGAGAGGGGAGCGAGCAUGGUUGUGAUCCGGGUUCUCUUUGCUACAUUAUUGUUGUUUAGUAGACACUGGAGGAGAAAUAAAUGCCAGCCAAGAUGAGUCAGUUCAACACAGUUACGCACACAUUUACACACACACACACACACACACACACACACACACACACACACGCACACACGCCUGCCCAUGUUCCCCUCACUGUGGGGAGCACAGUUCAAUUUUCUUUAUCCAAUUCCCUCUCACUUAUCAGGAGCAACCAGCCUAUCAGCAGAGGGAACCCUCACCCAGCCCCCCCUCCCCUCACCCUCUCUGUCCAGACAUUGCUGUUGUGAGGAUGAAAUGUCUGUUUUAUUAAAAGUGCCAUUGAAGCACAACAGUGA